AUGAGAGGUUAUGUCUUCGAGUGUUUACUUCGUCAUGUCCAGCAAGUCAAUCCAUACUUUCGACAGAAGCGAGACAGAGCAGGCCGUCCUGGUUUCUCACCUCAUCAGAAGGUUACUGUUGCACUCCGAAUGAUGGCCUAUGGCUCCCCAACUGAUUUGAUGGAUGAAACCUAUGGCAUGUCUGAGUCUACAUGCCUUGAUACUCUUGCUGAAUUCUGUGACACAAUUGUUCAGCUUUACAAAGAUGAGUACCUCCACGAGCCAAAUCAAGAAGAUCUGGAUUGUUUCCUUCACAAAUUUGAAAACCAUGGGUUUCCAGGCAUGAUAGGGUCAUUAGACUGCAUGCAUUGGAUUGGAAGAACUGUCCCACCGGAUGACAAUGAGGCUUCUGCGGAAGGUCGAGAAAGCCAACUUUCAUGUUAG